AUGAAGUACUAUGACCUGAUAACUACAAAAAAUGUUGUAACUGCAGCUACUGGAGCUGGAGCCAUCUAUUUGUUGUCCAAGACUUUCCUAGCAGCACUCAAAAGUUCUUCCUUCAAGUCAGAGCCAAGAGAUUUGGCCACUCAAAAUGCCUUCCUCACCAUGUUGUACCUGGGAAGAGUAUCUCAGGAGCAUUUUAAGCAGCAAUGGGAGGUAGGAGGAUUUUCUGUCGAGUAUCGCCCGACUCCAUGUGCAAGAGCGACCAUUCCUGGAGAGCUCAGAAGGACCCUACAGUCUCUCAGACAAAACCUAGAUGGCUCCUCCAAGAAGGCAGCACUUCACACCAUCACCCAGUGCGUCUUUCUAAAGGAAUCAGAGGCAAGUACCUGUACGUAUGAUGAUAUAAACUUAGUGGCAUCAUUCCUGGAUGAUGCAGAUAACACCAUCAAAGCUGAGGCAUUAAACGCUCUCAAAGCCUUCACAAGUGUCUGGAAGUUAAAAAUCAAAAUCCAGGACUAUGUCCCCAAGAUCACUGAGCUGGUAGUCAGCAACUGGGAUGGCAAUCUGCAGGUUGCUGGGCUGACGCUGGUGAAUGGGUUGCAGAUAGCAGAUGAAACUCUCACACAGCUGAGGAGGCUGUUGCCAAACUUCAUGGAUAUUCUGCUAAUGGCAGACACUUUGGCUAAGAUCCAGGUUCUCAAGCUUCUUAGAAAAAUGGCUCUAAAGGAAGACCUGCUGUUUGACAUCAUGAAUUGCCAGGUACCUCCUGAAUUCUUGAGCCUCUUCCAGCCUUCUCUAUCUGGGAACCUGCUUUAUGAGAUGCUAGUCUUUGUGCAGCAGCUUAAUGAGGGUCGCCUGACCCCACAGUACCAGUCGAUGCAGUGGCAGUACCACAAUCUCUCCCUUCACAACAUCGUGUUUGGUGAGAAAUCCCGUCUGUCUGACUGCCUGCUUGCUCUCAUCAUCCACCCAGAGGAAGAGGUGCAAAUUCAGGCCUGCAAAGUCAUUCUCAGCCUCCCUUUCAACAAGGAGGGCAGCAAGGUCAUCAGUACCCUCCCCUUUGGUACCAACAUCAGUAUGCACCCCAAUGACUCUACCAGAAGUAGUCACCCCAGUGAAACUGCACUUGGCAACCUCCCAUUUAGUUCCAGUACCAUCUCCUCUCAUGCCACCACUAACAACGUCACUGUUGAUGACCCCAGCCACAGCUUUCACUCCCUUCAAGGCACUGAAGACACUGGCCAUAGUUUAUAUCCCCUUGAGAGCACUGGCCAUGACUUCCAUGCCGCUGAUAGCAGCAGUGUGAGCAGCCACCCUCUUGACAACGCUACUAACAGCGGCCCUGUUCUUGUUGACCCCAUGGAUAGCUUCCAUCCCAUUGCAGCUGCUUAUUCAGAUGAAGACAGUGACAGCAGCAUUUAAGGACAAACUACAAAAGAAAAGGAGACAAAUAAAUGAGUUAGAGAAGAGAUGACAGAAACAUGUCUGCCUUUUUUCAAGCAACUGCCUUUGUGUGUUUGAAUCUAACUAUUCAUCAUUCUAAUUUCUGCAUAAACUCAGAAGCCCCUGGCUGAUGGACUUUAGGAGCCAGUGUCCCUACAUCUCUCAGUGGCCUAGUGUGUACUCACUGUUUGCUCUUUAAUACUGAUUCGUAGCUUAGCUUGACUGCUUCAGUUCUAAGCACGCAGAAAAUAAGCUCACCCUAAAUGUAUAUGGUACUUCAUGUACCAUAAUUUCUGAAGGCGUGUCUAUGUUGGAAUUCAUCUGUUCCAGGU